GCCAAUCCUGCCGACGACCCAAUGGAUCAUAUAACCAUACCUUCGACCGCUUCAGCAGGGAAUGUGUUCUCAAUUGCAUCACUGAUGGCCUUCCGCUGCCUUGGCGAUGAGCCAGGACAGCCGGCGUCCGGUUCUGACCAGAACCAGUCGGGGUCAACGGAUGAAUGUAGUGCCCUUAAUCAGGACUAUCAGGAUUACUAUAGACUACAACAGCAAUAUCAUCCACAUUUUCCUGCUAUGCAUACAGAGUCUUCGAUGGCAGCGGCCAUAUGUAAACCGUCAGAAACGCAAUCGUGCCCUCGGCUGCCCGUUUUACCCUCAGAACCAUCGUGUACCCCAGCACCUCUGCACGAACGCUUGUUGGCAUCAGCUGAAUCAGUAGGCAGUGAAGAAGUUUUCGCAACGGGCAGCUCUGAGGGCAUCCGCGAAAAGCCGCUGCAUCCUCGCCUCUCAACAGUACACUGCUGUCUCGAGCAGAAGCCUCUAUGGGAUGAGUUCCAUCAACUCGGGACCGAAAUGAUUGUCACCAAAGCUGGGAGGCGAAUGUUUCCAACGUUCCAAGUCCGCCUAUUCGGUCUCGACCCUCAAGCAGACUAUAUGCUUCUGAUGGAUUUUACUCCAGUUGACGACAAACGCUACCGUUACGCAUUUCACAAUUCGUCAUGGGUCGUAGCCGGUCGUGCGGAUCCCCAUAUGCCUCCACGAAUGCACAUCCACCCAGAUUCGCCAGCCAAAGGUGCUCAAUGGACUAAACAGCUCGUGUCAUUCGAUAGGCUCAAGCUGACCAAUAAUCAGCUUGACGACAACGGGCACAUCAUCUUAAACUCAAUGCAUCGUUACCAACCGAGGUUCCAUGUCGUUUACGUAGCGGCUCCAGAAGCGCAGGAUGAUGACGCUAAACGUGGGUCGGGAGGGCCGCACGAGUUCACCAACUAUCGAACGUUUACAUUCGAAGAGACGCGCUUUAUCGCAGUCACUGCCUACCAAAAUCACAGGAUAACCCAGUUGAAAAUAGCCAGCAAUCCCUUCGCCAAGGGGUUUCGUGAUAGCGACGCUUCUGUAUCCGAUCAUUGGGCAUCAACGUCGUCCGGUACCGGGGUAACUCCACAUUCAGGGCUACCUGGUGGUCCUUUAGCUUCUGUCUCUGUGGCAGGCGGACAGCAAAGCGCCAUAUCGCUACCUGCCCUACAUCACACUGUCCCGACCGGAUCAGCCAUGUCUACUCAUCCGGCACUUACUACGACUUUGGCGGGAAAUCAUCAGGGAGUUCCCCAGCCCCAGUUGGCAUCGCACUCGGAUCGUGUGCACACUUUUUAGGACGGCAAGCUUUAUAUUUGCCCUGUUUAGGCAUUUGCACACUGACGAUCGGUCUUGACAAUUCCUACUACGCAACCUACACCGCUCGCCUAAACGAAACUAAAUGUGUUCUACUAAUACAUAAAUGCAUGACAGCGAUGAUAGUCACGCCUUCUCACACACCAAGAAAUGGCCACUUUUCUCUUGGCAUAUCUCUCGAUGACUUUUCUUGAUCCUCGUCAUUUUCAGUUCGCCCCGUCUUUUCGUCGUACAGGCCCGCCCCAUACUCGGUUCAAUUGCCUUGCCCAGUCAUUGCUACUGGCCGGUUGUGCUCACUCCGACAGAACGGUCGCCUUAACUUUUCUCUCAAACCAUUGCAGUUUACCAGCGACCGCACAUCCCGUCUCCAUCCUCUGUCGCCCCCUUUUUCCCAGUUGACCCAUCCGGUUGCCUUCUUCUCAUUUGUACCUCUCUUUGCCCCUUCGCACCUUUCACAUACUUCUCCUACCUUUUCGUUAGCGAGAGAGCAAACAAAAGUUUUAUGUAUAAAAAUAUUUUUGUCAGAAACACUUUGUUACCCGUACUGGUGACAGGAAAGUUAAACCGGCUGGCCGGCAUUGCUGGGUUGGAACUGCGGAAGCAAUUGGCUUGGGCAAUAUAUAAUAUUUCAACGCAAACGGGGACUGCACAACGAAUUCGGUAUUGACUCCUUCGCUGUGCUGGCAUUUGCAGUCGACGCCUUUGCACACUGCCAUACCUUUAGGAAAAAUAACGAGCACUAUGGGACGCUUGCGUACUGCCAACAUUGCCGGUAACAAGACCUAAGCUGUGCUCCCGUAUAAAGUGAAGGGGCAGGAGCGGACAAGCGGGUACGAAGCAAAUGCGAGUUGGAAAUUUGCCGUUAACGUCUUUGGAGGCUAAAGGAGCUCGCAUGGAAAAGUUAGUCGACAGCCUCUCUCAUGCAAAGGAAAGUUAAAGGGAAGAGUUGCGGAAGUUGACAUUGCAAUCUUUAUAACUCAUUUUUAGCAAAAUGGAUCGAUGGAAUGACGCAGUGAUCAAAAACAACGCAGGGAGAGGAAGCAUAGGAUUAUCGACAAAACGAGCCACCCUGAGCCCCGUGCAAACGUUC